CAGGCUAUGCAACAUUUGGCUUCUGAUUCUGCGUGUGAAGCCAAUAAACAACCGUUAGGCUAUAACCAGCGAGCUGAACACAUUUAUCGCUAUGGUCCCGGUAGUAACCAGCGAGCUGAACACAUGUAUCGCUAUGGUCCCGGUCACAACCCGUUUGUAUAGCCUUAGUCUACCACUUGAUCCACAUUCCGCAGUCACAACUUCUUUAGAGCCCGCGACAUAGUGGUCCCGGUAGUAAACAGACGUGAUUAAUACCUCUUCAACCGGUGGCUUCCGCGCGACCUACUCCCGGCUCCGUUACUUAGUAGUCUACGCCACACAGUGGGGUUAUUGAGUAAAAGGAUAUGCGUGGUUACAGGGUGUAAAAAUAGUCCUCAGCUCUUACAUCAGUGGGCUAUGUGUAUUAUUGGGUACUCGUCCUGUCCACGUAACAACAACCUACUGGGUGUUCUGCACCCACACGGUGCCCUGUACAGGGCAGUAGCCUAGGCGAUAACCGUAGCAUUUUACUAUACUUCUCAAUGUAGGAAUCAUGAACAGCCUACAUACGUUUGGAUAAUAAAUCCAGAUCGCAUCAGUAGAGUUCCGCCGCAUAAUGACCGAUUGUUGACCUUGGCGCGGCGCGGUGACAUGGAAGGGACAUAUACGCACAUCGCUGCAUGGGCUGGAACUGCUGCUGGUUCAGCGUUGAGAGACACGGACACCGCCGGGGAGAAUUAUUAUGCUGCUGCCGCAACUACAACCGAAGGCACCAGUCAACCGAAGGCUGUCAUCAGUUUGUGUUUGUUUGUCUCUGCACGUUGAGAAAUGUGGAAUGCUGCGUUCGGAAAUGGGUCAGAUUUGCGUAGUGGAGGAGGCGGCGGCUGCGGCGGCGGGUACGUGCCAGCGCAGGACUGGGAAUUCGUUUCCUGCUCGCGCCUGGAAAGAGAAAGAGAGCGCGGCAGAGGGAAGAGUCGCAGCCCGUUCAGGACGUUCUCCUCCCCGCCAACAGUCACUCAGUUCUACGAACAGUCUCAUCCUGGAACGGUUGGAACAUCACUGGAGCUUCCUCGGGGACAAGUUCGGGCGCAAGAGCCAGGGACUCAUCACUCCCGCCUGAAAAAGAAGUUUGAACACUUCAAGAAACGCCACGGACAGGACAAGGAAGAAUGGAUACGAGAGAAGGAGAUACUUUUAAGACAAGUUGCUGAGAUACAAGGUGGGGAGAACAGAAGGAUUUUGUUGGAUCUGAAGACUGUAGUGGAGGAGGUGCAGCUAGAGGUGAAGAGAGAGGAGUCGAAGAGGAGCGAGCUACAGCUGCAGUACACUAAGGACAGAUGUGCCUGGGAACUGGAGAGAGCUGAGCUGAAAUGCAGAAUCGCACAGGCUACCAGGGCCUACCACCAUGCAUCCUGUGUCUUCGAGCUACCAGGAGUUACCACCAAGCAUCCUGUGUCUUCGGGGCUACCAGGGCCUACCACCAAGCAUCCUGUGUUUUCGAGCUACCAGGAGUUACCACCAAGCAUCCUGUGUCUCGAAGGCUACCAGGGAUUACCACUAAGCAUCCUGUUCUUUGAGGCUACCAGGGCCUACCACCAAGCAUCCUAG